UCUACAGAGUAUAUCAACAAGAUGAUAAUACAUCUCCGUGCGCUUCACUUUCUGGCUACUGAAAUAAUUAUAACAGUGCGAUCAAACUUUUGCUUUUGAAGAAUUAUGUCUCGAGUAUACGUAUCGUAGUAACACCUCGUCGAAACAUUCAUCAUGGAUGAUAAAAGACAGUGUCCGUUUGACCUUAGAUAUGGAACGUUCGGACGAAUAUAAAGAUUUCAAAUGGGCAAUCGGUCUAAAUAGGUUAAUGUUGAAAAUCGUUGGUUUGUGGCCGCCAGACAAUCGAGACGCUCAUAAGAUAGUAAAAUCGAGAUUUCGAUUUGGUUACAACCUAAUCACGUUGCUUUUCAUACUGACGAUACCAGCUUUCGCAGCACUUGUAAGAGUAUGGGGCGACAUGAUUCUAAUGAUAGAUAAUUUAAUAUACACUCUACCUCUGUCGAUUAUUGUUCUCAAAAUAUGCAUUCUUUGGUAUAAACAAGAAGCUUUAGCGCCUCUAAUUGAUAUGAUCGCGAAAGACUGGAUGAAACCGAAGCUGAAAGAGGAGCGGGAAGUCAUGCUGAAGCUUGCAAAGAUUAGUCGCAUGAUCGCCAUGUGCGGAUGUCUCAUAAUAAUCAUCCCAGUGACAAUUAGUUUGAUUUGUCCACUACUUGGAGUAACAAACAGGCACAUGACUAAUCUGACCGACCCUAGCAAACCUUUGGCGAUACAAACGUACUACUUGCACGAUGUUUCCAAGAGCCCGCAAUUCGAGUUGACGCUCCUGGCGCAAGGAGUCACUAUGUUCACAACGACUAUUUCGUAUUACGCGGUCGACCACUUCCUCGCGCUGCUAGUCUUGCACGUAUGCGGUCAAAUGGAGAACCUGCAUGUGCGGCUGAUACACAUGAGACGAUAUAUUAACUUUGAUGCAGUUUUGAAAUACAACAUCCAGGAUCACGUUCGCUUGAUCAGAUCCAUUGAAAUCAUCGACGAUUCAUUCGAUUUAUUGUUGCUUGUCGUGGUAUUAUACUUUGGCGUAACAUUCUGCCUACAAGGGUUUCUCAUACUUAACGUUCUUAAUGACGAGGGUCAAUUAUCAAUUAUUCAGUUAGUUUGGUUCUCUACAAUAACUGUAUGCAUUUUGAUGCACAUGGGCCUUUAUUGUGCCGUAGGCGAAACUCUCGUAACUCAUUAUGAAAAAGUUCAUCGUGCUACGUAUGAAUACACGUGGUACACUUUAGAUCCAAAAGUAGCAAGGAACUUAAUACUAAUCAUGCUACGUGCAAGUAAACCACUGCAUAUCACGGCUGGAAAAACAUUUCCCAUGACAAUGGCAACGUUUUGCAACUUGUUGAAAACAUCAGCAGGUUAUAUAUCUGUUUUACUUGCCAAUCAAGACUGACGGCGACGUUAUAAACUGUGAGUUCAAACUUAGUUAAUUAUUUAGUAACAGCAAUUAACAAUUAAUAUAAUAUUGA